CUCAAUGCCGCACUAGCCGGCGUGGAAAUUGCACCAUUUCUCGUGGGUCAUCGGAGAAAAAAAAUAUUACAGUUCUGAACUAUCAAAAUAUCUUCAAGCAACCUCGAUCAAGGGAUGGAUCCUAAUAAUUCAGACGCAAACGCACCAGAUUCGUGGGAUUCCUUAGAUGAUCCUGGCCCAGGGGAGACGAGUGAAGAUACAAGCGAUCUGAAUGCGCGACUACAUUCACUCAAUGUGAACGCAAAACCUUUCAUUCCAAACGUGAAUGCCCCUGCGUUUGUUCCUUCAUUUCUUAAAACUGCGGCAUCUAAUGCUACACCAUCUACAAAUGGCGAUGUAGUGUCAGAAAUUACUGAAAAAGAUGAACAUCAAAUGAUCAUAGAGGCAGGUGAAGAUAGAGAAGCUAUGAAACCAGAUACAAAUAUGGAUGAAGAAAACAAGGAAGCGGAAGAAGCUGAAAUGGAGGAAGAGGAAGAGGUGAAACCAGUGAAGAAGAAUGCCAAGAAAGAAGUUGAAGAAGAAGAAGCUGAAGACAAAAGAGAACACGUGAACAUUAUAUUUAUUGGUCAUGUUGAUGCUGGAAAAUCAACAAUUGGUGGUCAUGUGAUGUAUCUGACAGGACAGGUUGACAAAAGAACGCUUGAAAAGUAUGAAAGAGAAGCAAAAGAAAAGAACAGAGAAACAUGGUAUUUAUCGUGGGCCUUGGACACAAAUCAAGAAGAAAGAGAUAAGGGUAAAACAGUAGAGGUGGGAAGAGCUGCCUUUGAUACACCCAGCAAGCAUUUCACGUUACUGGAUGCACCAGGACACAAGAGCUUUGUUCCAAACAUGAUCAGUGGCGCUGCACAGGCCGACCUUGGAGUUCUGGUCAUCUCUGCCAGAAAAGGAGAAUUUGAAACUGGUUUUGAAAGAGGAGGUCAGACAAGAGAGCAUGCUAUGUUGGCGAAAACAGCAGGAGUAAAACACUUGGUUGUCCUUGUUAAUAAAAUGGAUGAUCCCACAGUGGAAUGGGACGAGGGAAGAUAUGAAGAAAUCCAAGUAAAACUGACUCCUUUCCUAAAGAAAAGUGGCUUUAACCCAAAGACAGAUGUUCAUUACAUGCCUUGUUCAGGACUAACAGGUGCCAAUCUUCGUCAAAGAUUAGAUCCCGCUGUGUGCCCAUGGUACAGUGGCAAGUCUUUCUUGGAAUAUAUAGAUGAACUACCAUCACUGACACGACCUAUAGACGGCCCUCUUAGAAUACCGAUCUCAGAAAGAUACAAGGAUAUGGGAACUGUGGUACUUGGUAAAGUAGAGUCUGGAAACCUUACCAAGGGAGAUUCGCUGCUUUUGAUGCCCAACAAGGUUGCAGUAGAGGUGUUAGGAAUCAUAUUUGAUGAAGAAGAAAAGUCAGGAGCCGUGGCUGGAGAUAAUGUUAAACUUAAAUUGAGAGGAAUUGAAGAAGAGGAUGUUUCUCCUGGGUUUGUGCUCUGUGCACCGGACAACUUAUGCCAUACAGUCAAAACAUUUGAAGCUCAGGUGGUUAUUCUCGAGCAUAAGUCCAUCAUUUGUGCAGGUUAUAGCGCUGUUUUACAUAUUCACAAUGUCAUAGAAGAAUGUACAUUUAUGCAUUUAAUAGCGUUACUUGACAGAAAAACAGGAAAGAGACAGAAGGAAAGACCGAGAUUCAUCAAACAAGACAACGUAGCAAUAGCGAGGCUACAAACAACUGGAGUUGUCUGCAUAGAGAAGUUUACCGACUUCCCACAGAUGGGAAGAUUUACGCUCAGAGACGAAGGCAAGACCAUCGCUAUCGGCAAAGUUUUAAAGCUAAUACCCUAAAUGGAAUGAAUCUUCUACAACCUGAUGAUUUUCAAAACCAGUAACCGCGCGCGAAAAUCUCAAGAGAAAGAGUAUUAGCUGAAUGAGUGUGGCUUUAAACACUCGAGUUUGUCCAGGAGCAGUGAACAGAUAUGAACUAAUGUCAUUGCCGAGCCACAAACAGUGAACACUACAAAUGGCUGGUCAUUAUACCAUUUGGUAUCAUAGCAAAUAUGGCUUUUGUAUAACUAAACUGAAUAUAAACUGGUCGUGGUUGAUAAGUUAAUGGUUGAUUAUACAGUUUGAUUGUAAGUGUCGUUUUCUUGCUGCGCUUGUUUGGAAAAAGCCGCGAGAAUAGACUGAAAGCGCACAAGUGCGUAAGAGGAUGAUCGAGGCUAAGAUGCUUUCGAGCUCGAGAAGAAAUGUCAAUUAUUUUUUACUCUCUACGAAACGGUCAAUGAGUUACGAAAAUCAUGUGUUAAUUGAUUGAUUGGGUACCCUGUUUAGGCAACGAAUCAAUCAUGUCUGUAGAAUGGUUUAUCACUCACUACUACAUGUGUCGUGGAUGUGAUUCUCGCUAUAACAUUUUGAAUAGUGAAAACUCCACGCACGUUAAAAAAAGAUAAUAUACUUGUCAUAAGCGUUGAAUUUCUAGCCUGAUGGCACGCUUGUGGUUGAAACCCUGAGUCACCACGGUACAUUCCUUUAAUCAAUUCCGAAAGAAUCUUAGGUCACUCAAAGCAAAGUCGACUUUAACCUUGAGAAAAUAAGUAGUUGCGAUUGCUCUUUGCAAGCACCCUAAAGUACUGAAACACCGUCGAGUUUCUUCAGAUCGAGCUUAUUCAAGCUUGUACCAAGCGAAAAACCAACCUUCGAAAAAGAGUAAAUGUAAAUUUGUGCUGGAGUACUUUUUCGAAGUUGAUUAACCGCGGGAAAACGAAGUUCUUAAGGGUAGACAUUUUUCUUGUCUUUUUCCGCAAAAAUGACGUAGAGUGAAAAAAAAAAAAAAAAUUGAAAUUACCAUAGUCAAACGACGUCAGAGAGAGUCGUAAUAAUUUCACGCAGUCCAGUUUUAUUACUUUACUGAAACAGUUAAAGGAGUUACGUCACGGUUUGCUCAUCUUGAAACUUUAGCCUAAAUUUUUCAAGUUCGUGGUUUGUAAUCCGUAUUAAUCUUCUCCAUCCUAAACCAUCCUUGUUCCUUUAUGGUUUAUUACUAUCCCUUUGGUGUUUUUCUGUCUUAGUGAACUAUUAUUUUCAGGUUACCUUCAAUUUGAAGGCAAUUUUUUUGCGUGGCCAAAAUAACUUAAAAUGCCGUGACUGAACUCCUUUAACAGCUAUUCAUUGCCGCAAGAUAAUUUUAUUGGUUUAAGUUUUAAGUAUACUGUAUGUUACUUUUCAAUGACAGGAACCGGUCGUACACGAUAAAUAUCAGUUACUAAAGUGGUUUUGUUUUAUGACACGUUCGUUUGUGAAACGGUCAUAAAAUCUCCGGUGGUUCGCUAUUGUUGUAUAUUUCUAUCAUGUCUUAUUUUUUGUCGCAAGUAAAAACUAAAUUAAAAUUAUUUGAACAAGAGUCGAUGACUCUUCGAGGCAAA